CGCGGCUGGCGCUGCGCUCCGCCCCGGCUGCAUUGCUGCGCUCCGGGUGCCCAGGGGAGCCACGCGCCGCGUGCGCCCCGCAGCCGGCCGCCCGGAGGCAGCGCCGUCCUCUGGCAUGGGCCCCGGGGGCGCCCCGAGGUGGGGCUCUCGGCUGAGGCGCUGACAGCCUCUCUCCCGCCCGCGGGGCCCCGAGUCCAGCCCGCUCGUCCGCCCGCGGCCAUGGCCGUCCGGCCCGGCCUGUGGCCAGCGCUCCUGGGCAUAGUCCUCGCCGCCUGGCUUCGUGGUUCGGGUGCCCAGCAGAGUGCCACAGUGGCCAAUCCAGUGCCUGGUGCCAACCCAGACCUGCUGCCCCACUUCCUGGUAGAGCCUGAAGAUGUGUACAUUGUCAAGAACAAGCCCGUGCUACUGGUGUGCAAGGCUGUGCCUGCCACCCAGAUCUUCUUCAAGUGCAAUGGCGAAUGGGUCCGCCAGGUUGAUCACGUCAUCGAACGAAGCACUGACGGCAGCAGCGGAUUGCCAACCAUGGAGGUCCGGAUCAACGUAUCCAGGCAGCAGGUAGAGAAGGUGUUUGGGCUGGAGGAAUACUGGUGCCAGUGUGUGGCGUGGAGCUCCUCGGGUACCACCAAAAGUCAGAAGGCCUACAUCCGGAUUGCCUAUCUACGAAAGAACUUUGAGCAGGAGCCACUGGCCAAGGAAGUGUCACUGGAGCAAGGCAUUGUGCUACCCUGUCGCCCCCCAGAAGGAAUCCCCCCAGCUGAGGUGGAGUGGCUCCGAAAUGAGGACCUCGUAGACCCCUCCCUAGACCCCAACGUGUACAUCACACGGGAACACAGCCUAGUAGUGCGGCAGGCCCGCCUGGCCGACACUGCCAACUACACCUGCGUGGCCAAGAACAUCGUGGCCCGUCGCCGAAGCGCCUCUGCGGCCGUCAUUGUUUAUGUGGAUGGGAGCUGGAGUUCAUGGAGUAAGUGGUCAGCCUGUGGGCUUGACUGCACCCACUGGCGGAGCCGUGAGUGCUCCGACCCAGCGCCCCGCAAUGGAGGUGAGGACUGCCGGGGUGCUGACCUGGACACCCGCAACUGUACCAGUGACCUCUGUCUGCACACUGCUUCUGGCCCUGAGGACGUGGCCCUCUACAUCGGCCUUGUCGCCGUGGCCGUGUGCCUCAUCUUGCUGCUGCUGGUCCUCGUCCUCAUUUACUGCCGCAAAAAGGAAGGAUUGGACUCAGAUGUGGCCGACUCAUCCAUCCUCACCUCAGGCUUCCAGCCUGUCAGCAUCAAGCCCAGCAAAGCAGACAACCCCCAUCUGCUCACCAUCCAGCCAGACCUCAGCACCACCACUACCACCUACCAGGGCAGCCUGUGUCCCCGGCAGGAUGGACCCAGCCCCAAGUUCCAGCUCUCUAAUGGUCACCUGCUCAGCCCGCUGGGCAGUGGCCGCCAUACGCUACACCACAGCUCACCCACCUCUGAGGCUGAGGAUUUCGUCUCCCGCCUCUCCACCCAAAACUACUUUCGUUCCCUGCCCCGUGGUACCAGCAACAUGGCCUAUGGGACCUUCAACUUCCUCGGGGGCCGGCUGAUGAUCCCUAACACAGGAGUCAGCCUCCUCAUCCCCCCGGACGCCAUCCCCCGAGGAAAGAUCUACGAGAUCUACCUCACGCUGCACAAACCAGAAGACGUGAGGUUGCCCCUAGCUGGCUGUCAGACCCUGCUGAGUCCUAUCGUUAGCUGUGGGCCCCCAGGAGUCCUGCUCACCCGACCGGUCAUCCUGGCCAUGGAUCACUGCGGAGAGCCCAGUCCCGACAGCUGGAGCCUGCGCCUCAAAAAGCAGUCCUGCGAGGGCAGUUGGGAGGACGUGCUGCACCUUGGUGAGGAGUCACCCUCGCACCUCUACUACUGCCAGCUGGAGGCCGGGGCCUGCUACGUCUUCACCGAGCAGCUUGGCCGCUUUGCCCUGGUGGGAGAGGCCCUCAGCGUGGCUGCCACCAAGCGCCUCAGGCUUCUUCUGUUUGCUCCUGUGGCCUGCACAUCCCUCGAGUACAAUAUCCGAGUGUACUGCCUGCACGACACCCACGAUGCUCUCAAGGAGGUGGUGCAGCUGGAGAAGCAGCUGGGCGGACAGCUGAUCCAGGAGCCUCGUGUCCUGCACUUCAAAGACAGUUACCACAACCUACGUCUAUCCAUUCACGACGUGCCCAGCUCCCUGUGGAAGAGCAAACUCCUUGUCAGCUACCAGGAGAUCCCUUUUUACCACAUCUGGAAUGGCACUCAGCAGUAUCUGCACUGUACCUUCACCCUGGAGCGUGUCAGCGCCAGCACCAGUGACCUGGCCUGCAAGGUGUGGGUGUGGCAGGUGGAGGGAGAUGGGCAGAGCUUCAGCAUCAACUUUAACAUCACCAAGGACACGAGAUUUGCUGAACUGCUGGCCCUGGAGAGUGAAGGGGGGGUCCCAGCCCUGGUGGGCCCCAGUGCCUUCAAGAUCCCCUUCCUCAUUCGGCAAAAGAUCAUUACCAGCCUGGACCCACCCUGCAGCCGGGGCGCCGACUGGAGAACUCUAGCCCAGAAACUUCACCUGGACAGCCAUCUUAGCUUCUUCGCCUCCAAGGCCAGCCCUACAGCCAUGAUCCUCAACCUAUGGGAGGCGCGGCACUUCCCCAACGGCAACCUCGGCCAGCUGGCCGCGGCCGUGGCCGGACUGGGCCAGCCGGAUGCUGGCCUCUUCACGGUGUCAGAGGCCGAGUGCUGAGACCAGCCAGGCCAGUAAUGCCUACACUCUCACCAGCUUUGGCACCUGCCAGGGACAGGCAAAAAGCCAGACAGGGGCCCUUCCCCCACACCGGGGGAGAGCUGCUUGGACAGGCCCCCUCCUGGCUGAAGUUGUCCCUUGAUGCUGGUCCUUCAGACCCUGCUCAAACUCCAUCCCUCCAUGGCCUGCCUGGCCAGGUUGGUAUAGCCACCUGUUUUCACUCUGCCCUGGUCCCAGGGCCCAGAGUGGACAGUGCCUGGAGCCUGGGCUGAGCCCAGCCCGUCUGUGUGCGUGUGUAUAUGUGUGUGAUGCUACCUCUCGUCCUGUCCCUUGCCAGGGGCCCCGCAUACACACGGCAUGCGCACACAUGCUGGGCUUGGGACACGGCCCCCAGAGCUCCUGCCUGAGGUGGGCCUUAUGCAAACAUUCCUGUGCCUGCUGGGUAGGGGUAGAGUUGAGGGGCCUGGCUUCAAGCCUGGGGGACUAAGGGUCCCAGCUGGACAGGGGCUGGCCCUUGGAUUCAGGCACACGAUCACCACACAGGCGUGUGUUCAUGCAUGCCUCGUGUGCUCAUCUCACACACGCCCCUCUCCCAGGUCACGCAGGACCCUCCCCCACUACACACAUCUCAUGCUGUGCACCUGGAGGCUGCUCACGUCUCUCACACCCGGUGUCGGUACACAUCUGCCUCUCACAUGCUGCCCUUCUCCCACCCACCCAGGGACACCCAACGGCUCCUCCCUGAUCCUUUCCCUGUACCCCGGCCUCGAGGUGCCCUGCCCAGCGGGGCGUGUGAAUAUGCAAUGGGAGUCCCGGGCUGUACAAUGGCAAGUGUGUGUGCCGUGGCACGCCCAUUCCUGGGGCUGGCCAAUGCCCCCGUGUGGGCCCUGUUGUGUGAAGCUUGUGUCCUGACUCUGUCUUAAGUGCAUUCCUGCACUUACACUUGGCCUUAUGUACACAGCCUUGCCCGGCUGCCGGGGCACGUAGGGAUUUUAGCGGACGUGAAUGUAAAUAAAUUAUAUAUAUAUAUUGCUAA